AUGAAAGAUGAGGAGUUUGCCCAGGGCUUGGAACAGUUUGCCUUUUGUCUGCUUGACCAGUUGUGCCGGGCCAAUCCUGGCCAGAAUAUCAGCUAUUCUCCUCUAUCCGUGAGGACCUCAGUAGGCAUGCUGCGGAUGGGAGCCACGGAGGGAUCGGCUACAGCCAAGGAGUUGGACGAGGGUCUCCGUUUCGGAGGGAAAGAUGUGCAGGAGGUAGCGGAGAAUUUCGAGACUGUGCUCAAGUCCUACGAACAGUGUCAGGUCCUUAAAAUGGUCAACGGGCUUUAUUUGAUGAAGGGCCUCGAGAUCGGCGGGCAGUUUGGCAACAUUGUGGAAAAGAAAUUCCACUCCAAAGCAAUGGAGAUUGACUUUGGCAGCGAUCAAGCUGCCAGUAUGAUUAACAAAUGGAUGGAGUCGCAGACCAACGGCCUAAUCAAGGACAUUAUCAGCCCUGGAGUUCUAGACAAGGACUCUCGGCUGUUGCUUAUCAAUGCUAUUCACUUCAAAGGAAAUUGGUCAAUCAAGUUCAAUGAAAACGACACUCAAGAGGAGGAUUUCUUCUUGCAGUCCGGUAAAUCGGUCAGAGUGAGGAUGAUGCAUGUGACCGGAAACUUUUCCUUUGCCCCGCUUCCCAAGCUCCAAGCAACUGCCCUCAAAAUGAACUAUAGUGCUUGUAAUCUGGUCAUGAUCCUCAUUCUGCCAGAUGAGAAAUCGAAUCUCACGAGCCUGGAAAGCAGACUAAGUCGCACUUCUCUACAAGAUUUGUCAUCCUCUAUGAACCUGGAACAAGUUGAUGUCAAGAUUCCUAGUUUUAAAGCGGAAUUCCAGCAGGAACUAUCAGAGACGUUUAAGCUGAUGGACAUCAAACGUAUUUUUAGCGAACAGGCCGAGUUUGGCGCUAUGCUAAAGUCCCAGGCACCUCUUUUUGUGUCCAAGAUCAUACACAAGGCCUUCAUCGAGGUAAAUGAAGUUGGCACAGAAGCUGCAGCCACAACAGCUGUGGUUGCCACAUUUAGAAGCGCAACUGCUAAGCCUCGUCCUCCAAAGUUGUUUCAUGCUAAUAGACCUUUUUUCUAUGCGAUCUAUGACAACUCCCAUGGUCUUCUCUUUGUCGGACACUUUAACACUACGAAGUUUGAAAAGCGGGAAAAAUGUGAUGCCUUCAUCGGUCGACUGCAAUUACAUAAAUUUAUGAAACCAAGCACAUCCACUCAUCCACGGUCGAUUUGGGCACUUACAGCUUGCUGGUCGCUUCUCCUAGCCCUCUCCCUUUCCCUCUGCCCGCUGGUCCGCCCAUCUGACGUCACCAUGACCGACGCCGCCCGCCAGGAGUACGCCCGCCGGCUGGCCCUCUUCUCCAUCAACGUCUACGGCAAGCUGACGGCCCAGAAGCCCGGCGAGAACAUCGUCUUCUCGCCCUUCUCCAUCCAGACCUGUGCGGCGAUGGCCCGCCUGGGCGCCGAGGGCGAGACGGCCGCAGAGUUGGACCACGGCCUUGGAUUAGCCUCCAGCGACGCCGGCCAAAUCGCCCAGAGCUUCCACCAGGUGCUGGCCGCCUACGAGAACAGCCAGAUCCUGCGCAUUGCCAACAAGAUCUUCGUGAUGACGGGCUAUGCGCUGCGCCAGGAGUUCGAUGAGUUGUUAACCAAGCAGUUCCUCUCGGCGGCGCAGAGCGUGAACUUCGCCAAGAAUACCGAGGCGGCAGCCACUAUCAACGGUUGGGUGGAGCAGCGCACCAAUCACCUGAUCAAGGACCUGAUUCCGCCCAGCGUGCUGAACGCCGAUUCGCGACUGGUCCUGGUGAACGCCAUUCACUUCAAGGGCACCUGGGUGCACCAGUUCCCCAAGCACGCCACGCGUCCGGACACCUUUCACCUGGACGACAAGCGCUCCGUCCAGGUGCCGAUGAUGGGCUUGAAGGAGCGGUUCCGCUAUGCCGAUCUGCCGGCGCUGGACGCCACGGCCCUCGAGCUGCCCUACAAGGACUCGGACCUCUCCAUGCUGAUCGUCCUGCCCAACAGCAAGACGGGUCUGGCCGCUCUGGAGGAAAAGCUGCGCAUCACAGCUCUGUCGCAGAUCACACAGGCACUGCACAAAACCCAGGUGGUGGUGAAGUUGCCCAAGUUCAAGGCCGAGUUCCAAGUGGAGUUGACAGACGUUUUCCAGCAGCUGGGCAUGUCAAAGAUGUUCAGCGACGCAGCUGAAUUCGGCAAGAUGCUGCAGAGUCCCGAGCCUCUGAAGGUGUCAGCCAUCAUACACAAGGCCUUUAUCGAUGUGAACGAAGAGGGAACCGAGGCUGCGGCUGCCACGGGCGCUGUUGUGCGUAUGAAGCGCUCUGUUAUCUCGCUCGAGGAACCGAUUGAGUUCCUCGCCGAUCAUCCAUUCACCUAUGCCCUUGUCCAUGAGGAGGACCUGCCCCUGUUUUGGGGCUCAGUUGUGCGGCUCGAGGAGAAUGACUCCGCCAACAGCGAGCACGAUGAGCUCUGAUGGUACCUUAUUUUAUGUCAGACCAAUAAAGGCAGCUAUUUAAUUUACAAGAA